AUGUUCGCGAGCAGGCCGGCGGUGCACCCGGUGGAGGCGCCGCCGCCGACGGAUCCGGUGGGGCAGCCCACGGGCGUGCUCAUGAAGGACCUGCCGGGGAUGCCCGGCACCGCGGGGGGCCUCGGCCUCCGCGUCGCGCAGUUCGCCUUCGCCGCCGUCGCGCUCGCCGUCAUGGCUUCCACCAACGACUUCCCCUCCGUCACCGCCUUCUGCUAUCUUGUUGCAGCAACCAUACUUCAAUGCCUGUGGAGCUUUUCACUUGCCAUCGUGGAUGUCUAUGCAUUGCUUGUUAAGCGUUGCUUACGGAACCGUCGUGCUGUUUGUCUUUUUGCUAUCGGAGAUGGGAUCACGGCAGCACUGACCUUCGGUGCAGCAUGCUCGUCAGCAGGCAUCACCGUCUUAAUCGAUAAUGAUCUGAACAUAUGUGGCGAAAACCACUGUGGGAGUUUCGAGACCGCGACGGCGAUGGCAUUCAUGAGCUGGUUUGCUCUUACGCCUUCCUUUCUGCUGAACUUCUGGUCAAUGGCUUCUCGAUGAAAACAAGGAGGAGGAUAUAGCCUGACUUCUGAACGGUUUUGCACACGCAAUCAUGGUUUAGUGACAAGUGGGAUAGAGUGGCACAGCUAGUAUCAAGAUCCGAAGCUGAUGUAUGCCUCUAAAAACACACGUAUCUACUAGUAUUACAAGUCUGUAAAAAGGGAAUAGGUAAUGGCUUGUCUUGAACAUGUGUUGCACUGGAACUCUAGAAUUGUUUUGACCCAGGCACUGUAAAACGCUUGAUGUCAUGUCCUGAAUCAAAUUGGUUGAGUUUUGCCCUGAA